AAAGUUCGCGGUGCCACGGGCGGGCGCACGUAUGCCGUGAACGCCCCCCCAGCGGCGCAUCCUCGCCCACAUGCACGCCUCGGCUCUCCUCGCCCACCCCCCGCGCAGCUUCCGCCGCGGAACACAUCGCCCCCCGAUCCAGCAAAAACCGGCCCACAGCCUGGGGCCGAAGCCGCAGGGGAGAGGCUCGCAGACUCGCAGGCCUGGGGCUUCCGCGCCUUCGACGCGCGCACGUCUAUUGCGCCCGCGGGCCUUGUGGCGUGGGACGCUCCCCAGUGGGAGCGCAUACUCGCCACCCGUCCCCGCGCGCCGGGUGGGCGGAUAGGCGACGUCGCCCGCCCGCGCGGUGGUGGGUGCGAGCCGUGUGUCCCGACAGAGCGGGAGGGCCCCAGCCCCUGUCGCAUGCGCCUGUCAGUGAGUGCACGGCUCGCAGUCCGCGUAGCCCGCAGCUAA